AUGAAAACUGAACGAUUGGUGGGAGCCAUCCGGGGGCUUCCAGCUCCAAUUUCAAUGGCCAACCGGAAUGAUGAAUCGAUGCUUGUCAUGAACACUAUCAGGACGGACCGUCAGUGGCUCGAAAGAACUGGCCAUGACGGCUAUAACCGCUUUGGAUGUCCGCUGUUGGCUGCAGUGCAAGCAUACAUCGAACCAGGCGGGAUUCAGGCGGGAUUAAGAGCUGCAUCGGGCCGAGACCGAGUCUGGAUCACAGCUUUUAUUGCUGUGCUUUGUAUAAUUACGCUGACCAACUGGGAUUUCCAAGUCAGUGCGCUGUCGGGGAUCCCAGUGGUGGGACUGCUGGUUAUCUACCUCGCCUUGACGCGGCCGACCAAGUGUGGCGAGAGCCCUUCACCCCGUAGACCCAUUGCUACUGGGCUUGUCAUACGCCCGCUUGCAUUCCGUGUGGUGGUCACUCUGUUGGCUGUGCUAGGCGUGGAAAUUGCGCUUUUUGGGCCCCCAGGGACCACUAUUGUGGGCAUCAUCCUGACAGGAGUCGCUAAAUCAUUGAUGUGGCAUUUCCUCCUGCAAACAUGUCAGGCUGAGCAUUGUUCCUGGUCAGUCACGGCGGCCAUCGGGACAUUUAGCAUCGUGGCUACCAGGAAUCCAUUCAUUUUGACCUCGAAUGUUCAGGCAUUCUCGCAUCUCAUCGCAUCAUUACUUGCCCUAGGGCAGGUUAUCUCCUUUCUGCCGGAUAAGGCGAAAUGCAAAUCCGCCCUCUGGAUAUGCAUUGCUGUCUAUUUAGUCCCAUACCUAUUCAACAACUACUCCAUCCACGUUGCAAAGUCUUCAGUGACACAGUCCUCCACGCAUCCGAUCGACCUACUCAGACAAGAUGCCAAGGCAAAUUUUCAAGCCUUGCUCGAAAGACAGUCAACCAGUUAUGCCGCUGCCUGUGAGGAAUAUCGCCGCCGCUACGGCAUGGAACCACCGCCCGGCUUUGAGGGUUGGUAUAAUUUCGCCAAAGCGCAUCAAUCACCGAUCAUCGAUGACUUCGAUGUUAUUUACGAGAGAGUAUCCCCGUUCUGGAGUAUCAGCGGGGUCGAGGUGACUGAAACGAUCAGUCGUUUACAAGAGACGCUAAACAGCGAUGUAUGUGUUUGUACGUUCUCGGCUGCCGAAGCAAGGACGAGUUGCAGCCAUCCUCACCGCAGCGUGGAUAGAAAUAUCCAAGGAUUCCUUAAUGCGGUACUGGCAGAUCUGCGUGGCCUUCUCCCUGAUAUUAGAUUUCUUGUCAAUCACCUCGAUGAGCCCAGGGUUCUGUUACCGCCGUCCUCUGAGAGGCCUGGAUCAUUGAACAUGACGAACUAUUCCAGGCGACCGGUCUGGGAUACAGUGACCAAACCGUGUUCCUCAGCGGACAGAAAGAAAGUUGACCGACCAAAGGUGCAAACGUUUGGUCUCCCGUUCGUGACCGACCAUCACUCAGCAAUAGACCUAUGCCGCCAUCCCGAGUACCGCGACUCACACGGGCUAUUGAUCAGCCCUACAUCAUUCCCGUUGAUCGAAGGUCUGGUUCCUAUACUGGCCACCGGCUCGCUGUCGACGAUGGGAGAUAUCCUGUAUCCCAGCCCUGCCUAUCUUGAGCCGGAAUUCGAAUAUGUAGCGGCCAAGGAUGGCAGCUGGGACUCCAAACACACCAAUCUGUACUGGGCGGGCUCAACCACCGGUGCCUUUGCGGUGAAGAAUGACUGGCAAAGCUUCCACCGAGAGCGAUUUGUCAAGCUAGCACAGAAUCUGGGAAACGGCCUCCAUUCCUAUCUUCGGGAAGGCAAAGGCGUGGUCAACCUCGUGAAAUCGUCCUUUCUAAACAGCAGACUAUUCGACGUGGCCUUUACCCGGAUCCUCCAAUGCGAGACACGCUAUUGCCGAGACCAACGAGCCCUCUUCCGGAUUCGAUCCUGGGCCGACAGGGACGAAGCCUUGCGUUCGCGUCUGGUGUUUGACAUUGACGGCAAUGGUAUCAGUGGCCGGUACUACAAACUGCUUGCGUCGAAGUCGGCGCCGCUCAAACAGACACUUCUGCGAGAAUGGCACGAUGACCGUCUUCUACCGUGGGUUCAUUACAUUCCCGUCAGCCAGAGCAUGACGGAGCUGCCUGAAAUGGUCAUGUAUUUCACCUCUGAAGCUGGGCAGAAAUGUGCCCAGGAGAUUGCCGAGCAGGGACAGGACUGGUUCUCAAAGGCCAUUCGUAAAGAGGAUAUGACCAUAUAUAUGUAUCGGGUUUUGCUUGAGCUGGCGAGACUCCAAGAUCCAGAGAGGCCAGCAAACAAGAGCUGA